AUUUUCUACGUCGAUGUGUCCAGCACAAUUUUCAUUUAGAUAAGAUGUGCAUUAAUCGCGCUAGUGAAAUACGUUUUGCGUGUAUUGCGCUUGCGUAGUGGACACGGGUCUCGCAGGGUUGGGUGCAGAGAUACUUCCACAGAAGGAAGCGGAGUUUCCGGCUGUUUGCUGCGGAGAGGGAGGACUGCUGACACCGCGAAACCCCUACGAAAAGACGCCGGUUUGGGGGGAAAACACUUGGACACCCGGAGAAAUACGUCUGUCCCACACUGGGGGAGGGCUGACUGUCCGGACCAAGUGUUCUGGAGAGUGAGAGGGGACGAGCAGCGGCGUAAAAGGCGGGGGAAACCCACUAACUACCGGCAUGGCUAGGGACUACGAUUACCUCUUUAAGCUGCUCAUCAUCGGUGACAGCGGGGUGGGAAAGAGCAGUCUCCUACUACGAUUCGCAGACAACACGUUUUCAGGUAGCUACAUCACCACCAUCGGGGUGGACUUCAAGAUCCGGACGGUGGAGAUCAACGGCGAGAAGGUGAAGCUGCAGAUCUGGGACACGGCGGGACAGGAGCGCUUCCGCACCAUCACGUCGACGUACUACAGGGGAACCCACGGCGUAAUCGUGGUUUAUGACGUGACCAGCGCCGAAUCAUUCGUCAACGUUAAACGGUGGCUCCACGAGAUCAAUCAGAACUGUGACGACGUCUGUCGAAUAUUAGUGGGGAACAAAAACGACGACCCCAGCUCGAAAGUGGUGGAGACCAACGACGCGCAGAAGUUCGCCGAGCAGAUGGGGAUCAGCCUCUUUGAGACCAGCGCGAAAGAAAAUCUGAACGUGGAGGAGAUGUUUAACUGCAUCACAGAACUGGUGCUGAGAGCUAAGAAAGAGGUCAUGGCCAAGCAGCAGCAGCAGCAACAGAACGACGUGGUCAAGCUUUCCAAGGGCACUAAACGGAAGAAAAAAUGCUGCUAACGAAACUGUCGAGUGAAGAUUUAAAAACAAAACGAAACACCGCCACAUACACAAACAAAAAGCAUCUACAACAAACGAAACCACACGGGGAAUAAGACUCCAGCAAACUAAUUUAAGAGAAGAUGAAGAUUUAUUAAUGAAAUUAUGUCAAAUAAAAAGAUAUAAAUAAAAGGUCCCUUUUGGACAAAAUGAAUCCUAAGGACUUAAAAAAAAAAAAAAAUGUACAGAUUUUAUUAGAGGGAGUUUUAUUUGGAAUUGAGCGGUUAUGUGACGGUAUUUAACGGGGUCCUUCUGGGUUGAGAAGGAGCAGGAAGCUCACUGCCACCGCAGUGCUCAGAUUUAUAUAUGAAAUAUUAAUAUUUCUUUGCAUCAGUAUAUAUAUUUUCUCCUUCCGCAUCACACGGGACUUUUAGGAAUCAAGUGAAACUGCACCUGGAAAGGAGAAGAGUUGUUUUGUUUUUAAUUUGUUUUUUUGUUUGUUUUUUUCGGUAAAGGGGAUGUUAGAAUUACUGGGGUGGGAUUUUUUCUCUUUUAGGAGGGGGAUUUCUGUCUUUUUUCCAUUUUCAAACUUGCCUGCAGUUUCUAUUGUUUUAGUUCAAUGCCAACGAAUCAUGAACUUUAAAAAAGAAAAAGAAAAAAAGAAUUUAUCGGGAAAAAUGACCAGAGCAAUGUUUUAAAUUUGAAAAUUUGUCAUUUGAUCUGUUAGAAAAAACCUGUGACCUGCAUCUUGUUUUUUUAUUUUAUUUUAUUAUUUCUCUUCUCUAUUUUGCCAAGCCUCUUCGACUCCCCCUCUACCUCCAGCAAAAAGACACCACGGCACUAUUAGGUUUUUCAGCACCCGGCCUGUGUUUUUAAGGCAAAGAGCAACCAGCCGCUAACUUGGACCUGACAGUACAUUUGCCAUUCUCUUCAGUCUUACUAUGAGCCUUUUCGUCAGAUUUUUUUAAUGUUUUAUUUUUUACUAAUGAUAAUACCACCGUGAGAGAAAGAGAACCCAAUCUGGUGAAGUCGUCUGGACGGGAAGCCCUCUGGCCAACGGAGUGUUUUCUGGAAGUGGCGCCCCCUGGCUUCAGUUCCACUAGCUGCGCCCCACACGCGCUCCUGCCUCCCCCGGGGUGUCUUCCACGCGCCGUUCUGUCAUUCUGUGGAACAGGGACCGGCCCCCAGGCCCCCGGUAACACGGUGCCUGACCGGGCGGUCGUGCUAACGUACUCUGGCCCUCUCUCAUGCUUCCCCUGCGUACAUCCUGGCGUUCAGUCCCUGCCGGAGUCGGGCCGUGAGCUCGGUACCCAGGCUUGCAUGCUCAUUGGCUGGAGGCGCGGACGGUGCUAACGCCAGGAAGGCCGUGCCAAACCCAACUGACAGCGGAAACGGAGACGGCGGACGGUUUCCAUGGUGACCCGAAGCUCCUGGGGUCCCUUUUUUUUUUUUUUUCAUUUUUUUCCCAGGAUCCCUUAGACCCCCCAUUGUAUCAGACCACUCCCUCGCCUCGCUUGCCUGCUCUCCACACGAGGUCAUGUCCAUGGCCCUCUGGUUGGAGAGGCCUGUUUCCCACAGACCUGAGCUGGGGGGAGGGAUGCUGCCACCCUCACCGGGAAUCGUUGCUGCCGAUGCACCGUGCCUGUCAGUCACUGCGAAGACAGGGAGACUGGGCGGGGUUAGGGCAGGACUGGGGGCGGAGCAAACGCCAGCUGGCUCGGAGCACCGUGUGCAUGACAUACUGCAGCGUCUCGCACCAACCUGGCUCACAUCAGGAGCUGAAACGCUCGUUCAAAUUUCUAUUAAUAUGUGUAUGUAUAUAUAAAUAUAUUUGUGUAUGUGUGUAUAUUUAAUAUAUAGGUAUAUACAUACAUAUUUGACGCACACAUAUAUAAACAUGCAUGUACAUACGUAGGCAGCUGUUAUGUACAUGCUUGUGUGUUUGUGUGUGUAUUGGUUGAACCGUUCUUUUUCAGCUGUGGUUUGCUGUACACUGGAGAACUAAGAUGUAUUAUUCUUUAUUUCCCUUUAUGAAUUAAAUCGAUAAUAAACAUUUUAAAAGAA